UCUUGACAACCGCGCCGAACCUAAGCGGCCUUCCGCCGCUUCGAUGUGCUCCCCCAGCGGUGUUUUACUGGCACGAACCGAUGGAUAUCGCGUGGAAUCUUUUCCCACUGUGGUUUCGCGCGGCGCGACCUUCUGAGCGACCAGACAGGGAACUCCUCCUCAGCCAUGGGAUUCUAAAGCACAAGUACCACAAGAAGCGGCGCUACUCCAUGAAUUGUGACCUCCUGCUCAUGCCAAGGAGAAGAUAUUGUCCAGCGGAAGGAAAUCAUCAACGAGCCGUUGCCGUUCUGCCGUUGAUUGACGUCCCUGGAAAACUGGCUGCUAACAGAGGAGUAGGAGGUUCCGACGAAGCAAUUCUGAAGACUGCGACGCCGACCUUUUCCACUGGAUCUUCAGCCACCUCGGCAAGAAAAGCGGCCCGGCCAACAUCAACAUCAUCCGUACCAGUCUGGGUUGUUCCACGAUAAGACGCAUCUACUGAACUCGAGCUCCGUCGGCAUCCUGGAGGCGAUCUUGGUCAAGCUUCGGUCGGUCGUACAGAAGGCGCUGAAUAUCCACACACACACACUUUGCUACACUCUACCUCUACAAAACUCUAAUCCAAAAUUCUUCAAUUCUAAUUUCAAAAACUCAAUAAUUUCAAAACCCUAAAAUUCUUAAAACCUGAAAAUCGCAAAUUCUAAUAUACUAAAGUUCAUAAAUUGUACAUUCCUAAAAUUCUAAAAUUAUUCUU